AUGAUUCGCUUCCUGCUGCUACAGAACCGGGCGGGCAAGACACGGCUAGCAAAGUAUUAUGUGCCUGUCUCGGAUUCAGAAAAGCGUAAGCUGGAGUACGAUGUGCACAGACUGAUCGUGGUCAGGGACCCCAAGCACACAAACUUUGUCGAGUUCAAGACAUACAAGGUGGUUUACCGGCGAUACGCGGGACUCUUCUUCUCGAUAGGCGUCGACGCGAGCGACAACGAGCUGGUGACACUGGAGACGGUGCAUUUGUUUGUGGAGAUCCUGGACCACUUCUUUUCAAAUGUGUGCGAGCUGGACCUGGUGUUCAACUUCCACAAGGUGUACCUGAUUCUGGAUGAGCUCAUCAUGGCGGGGGAGAUGGAGGAGACCAGCAAGAAGGUCAUCCUGGAGCGGCUGGCUGAGCUGGAAAAGAUAGACACCUGA